AUGAUACCAGGCUAUGUUGGUGAUGACACAGAAUCUGGCCCUUUAGUUCCGCCAAUGCCUAGCAACGGUAACUCUAGCAAAAAGAAGGGCGUCUGGCAGCUGUUUGAAGGUAAAAGCAAAAAGGCCGUAGGAGGCCCACAGGUGUCUCCGCCCCUCCAACAACCUAGCUUCACUAUGCAGCAACCCCCACAAGUACGUCAGACAGCGGAGCAAAACGAAAUGGAUCUAUACUACGGGUCUCUGGUGCAAGAAUUGGGGAUAGAUCUGCGUCUAGUGGGGAAAAAGCUUCUCUCCAUCCUGCCUUUUGUCCCCGUCUCAGACGAAGUUGCGCAGAGCGGAGACAUGAUUAUCGGUAUUUGCGUGCUAAUAGUGUUCACCUUUGUCAACCUCCUCACCAAGUCGACCGGUACGCACCUAGGCUUCCUGUUUGGAGUGUACAUCUACGGAUCACUUCUUCUAACGUUUCUUCUGUCCAUGCUCCAGCAAACAGCAGUCCACCUGGACCUCUAUACGGUCAUGUCUGCGCUCUCAUAUGGGCUACUUCCCCUGCUGAUCCCUAUGAUAAUCUGUUCAUUUUUAAGGCAAGAGGCUUUAGAACAUGCCCAGAAGGUGGUCGUUAUCGGAUAUUUGGGGGCUGCAGUAGCGUCUAGUCUCAUAUCAACAAAACUACUAAAUGCUGCAGUAAGGUUGGAGAAUGUAAAGACUCUGAUUGCAAUUCCAGCAUUUCUUAUAACAAUGUGUUAUGUUCUUGUGCAAAUAUCGAAGUAA